AGACAAGUAAAGACUUUGUGCUCUCUUUGUGUAAUGUAGGCACAUCCCUGGUGGCAUGUCGGAUUUGAAUAUUCUGUGGUUGAAAAACUCUCUCUGCCAUUAGAGCCUUUUAAGUUGUGCGAGAAAUGAACUUGAAAUAUUGUCGUGUGAAAAUAUAGUAGGCUACAAGUAACAAACAACAAUGGCGUGUGGGAGGAAGCAACAAGGAAGAAAUUGCUAAAACACGAACAAGGAAACAGAACUAUUUCCUCUGACAUCGUUAGCAGUUGUGCCUACCUCUGUCAAUGAAUCGUGCCGUGGAACAGGGCAAUAAUGUUCGUCUCCCGCACUACCCAUUUUCGCGUUGUUUCUUCCUCUCUGUUUUUUUUUUUUUUUUUUUUGGGUUCUCGUCAUCCACCUGCGCGUUUAUAAUUCUCUCCACUCAAAUCGUUAUCUCCAUCUCAGCAAAUCAAACGUCGUUUGGUCCAGCUCAUCAUGCUACCAGGCUUUCAUUAACAACCCAGGGCUAACGUCUCUAACGAUUAAAAGUGCGAGGUGGGGGAUCAAACAAAAUAAAUUUUAGGGACUUAAAUCAAAAUUUGUUGAAACUAUAAGGACCUGGGACACCAUUUCCCUAAUUAAAAUAUAGAUAUUAGAGCCUUCCUUCUAUGGACCAGUCAUGUUUCUGUUUUACGGGCUCAAAUAUUCUGCCCAUUCAUGUUUUAUUAUUUCGAUGCCUUAUGCAAAGAGCCCUUACAAUAAAGCAUAGACUUUCGCCUCGAGAGAAAGUUUUUGUGCUUUAACUAAAUAAUUGUCUUCACCUAAUCCAAUACAGUUAUCCAACAAAAAAUGAUGACAACUUUGGUGGGAGAGGAUGAAUGAGAAGACAAAAUCAUCAACUCCCUAAGGGUGCUGAACUUGCUUCUUGACACGUACAUACUUUUCAGAAUCAUCGCUCUUCCUGAUGCCCUAUUAUUUCUCUUUGACCUUUUAAUGCUCUUCCACUACUUGAAUACCCCCCCCCCACCUGCCGGCCCGUCAUCAUCUUCAUUUGGACAACCACCCCUCCCAAAAAGAAAAAAAAAAAUUCUCUUCCCUCUUCAUUAAGUUAAGUUUCUAAUGGGUGUUCCAAGUUCCCUCUUAGUUUCAUUACUUGCUGUUCUGGGUUUCUCACUCGUCCAUGGGGGUCCUCUGGUUCCUGCGCUGAUGAUAUUCGGAGACUCUGUGGUUGACGUGGGAAAUAACAACCGCCUCUUAUCAUUGGUGAAGGCAAACUUUCCUCCUUAUGGAAGAGACUUCGUCACUCACAGACCAACUGGAAGGUUCUGCAAUGGGAAACUUGUCAUAGAUUUCACUGCUCAAUACCUCGGGUUUACUUCAUACCAACCUGCUUAUCUUAGCCAAGAGGCUAGAGGGACGAAUCUUUUGAUAGGAGCCAACUUUGCCUCUGGUGCUUCUGGUUACUACGAAGGGACCGCAGAUUUAUAUGGGGCGAUCUCGUUGACUCGGCAGUUGAAUUACUAUAAGGAGUAUCAGAGAAAAGUUGUGGAUAUGGUUGGAAAUGCCCGGGCCAAUGAGAUUUUCUCAGGUGCGAUCCACCUUAUUAGUGCUGGAAGCAGUGAUUUUAUUCAGAACUACUACGUUAAUACCCCUCUGAAUAGAGUCUAUUCGCCCGAUCAAUUCUCAGACAUUCUCAUGACAUCCUACACUAAUUUAAUCCAGCAUCUCUAUGGACUGGGAGCAAGGAGGAUAGGAGUAACAACGUUGCCGCCAAUUGGGUGUUUGCCUGCAGCCAUUACUCUAUUUGGCUCCGGAAGCAACCAGUGUGUUGCCAGACUGAACCGCGACGCCAUUUCAUUUAACAAUAAACUUAGGAGCACAUCUGAGAGUUUGAAGAGCAAACUCCCCCAUCUAAAACUUGUGGUAUUUGAUAUCUAUCAGCCUCUGCUGGAUUUGAUUACCAGGCCCAGUGACAAUGGUUUUUUUGAAGCAAGAAAGGCCUGCUGUGGUACAGGAAUAAUAGAAACCUCCUAUCUCUGCAAUGCCUUGUCUGUUGGAACUUGCGCCAAUGCUACAGAGUACGUGUUUUGGGAUGGAUUUCAUCCAUCUGAAGCGACAAAUAACGCCUUGGCAGAUAAUCUAUUAGCACAGGGAAUAUCCCUGAUCACCUAGGCAUUCCGGAUACAACUGCUCUCGUAUGUGUUGGAUGUUAUGAGAAUGAAAUAAAAGUCCUAUAAUUCAGAAGUC